AUGUGGACCAACAAUACCGUUAAAGAAAGACUGUACCCUGAAAAUCACAGACCUGAGAGAGAGAGACUCAGCUACAUAUUGGUUCAGAUUAUUAACAAAUCAGGAAGGAGGGAAAUAUUCUGGAAGUCCUGGAGUCUCUCUGUCUGUCACAGAGUGAUAAGUCACCCCACCUACAUCUGGUACAAGAACGGACACAAAGUAAAGGAGGACACCUCCAGCCUGGACUCAGACUCCUUUAGUGAUGCAGACAGUUAUUCCUGUGCUGUAAAAGGCCAUGAGGAUCUCCUCUCUCCUGCAGUGUGUCAGAAGUGUUGGAGUGUGACUUACACCCAUCAGAGUAUCUGUGCUUUGAAGGGGUCAACAGUGGACAUAUCCUGCUCUUACACAUAUCCCAGUUAUCAUGAGAUCAAACAAGCUUUCUGGUUUACUAAAUGGUCUGGUCUGGAGGCUGAAGAUCUGAGCUCAGUGCCAGGGUAUGAGGGUCAUAUAGAGUACCUUGGGGAUAAGGAGAGUGACUGUACCCUGAGAAUCACAGACCUGAGAUUGAGUGACUCUGCUGGGUACAUGUUCAGAUUCAUAACAUCUGGAGGAAGUGAGUUUUCUGGCUCACCUGUCUCCCUGACUGUCACAGAUGUUGUGUUGGAGAUGUAUCCUACAUCUGUGUCAGAGGGGGAGAAUGUCACACUGAGAUGUAGAACCAACUGUACACUGGACCCCAUCACAGUCUACAGUUGGUAUAAGAAUGGACAGCCUCUACCAAACAGCAACACCUCCUCUCCUGUCUAUAUCCUGUUCUCAGUCAGCAGUGAGGAUACAGGCAGAUACUCCUGUUCUGUAGAAGGACAUGAGGAUCUCCCCUCUGCUGAAGAGACUCUCACUGUCACAUAAUGUGAGGGGACCCUCCCACUGAAGAGAACCACUACAGAACCUGGACUUAAGAGAACCACCACAGAACCUGCACUGAAGAGAACCACCACAGAACAUGGACUGAAGAGAACCACCACAGAUCCUGGACUGAAGAGAACCACCACAGAUCUUGGACUAAAGAGAACCACCACAGAUCCUGGACUGAAGAGAACCACCACAGAUCCUGGACUGAAGAGAACCACCACAGAUCCUGGACUGAAGAGAACCACCACAGAUCCUGGACUAAAGAGUAUCACCACAGAAGCUGGA